AUGAAAGCAAGCAUCAGGCAAAAAGCUGCAGUGGAUACUAUUGCUUACUCGAUCUCACUUGUUACGGAGUUAGUAAGUUGUUCUAAGAAGAAUAUCGAUAAAGCUGUGAAAUGGUUCAAUGAGGCGCGGUCAUAUCUUAAAAAGAUUUCAGAAGGGUGUCAAUCAAUUAAGAAAAGUUCAAAUGAGAUGCAUCCAAUGCUUGAAUGUUGCGCAGACAGAAUAUUUCGAGAAACUUACAAAGCAAUGGAUUCAGUAUCAGAUUAUAUCAACGAAAAGCAGUUGCAAAAGGCGUUAGAUUUUGCACAAAACUAUGAUGGGAAAAUAUCGCAAGUUAAUACAUAUAUGAAGCAAACCCUCGACGAAUUAGUAGAUUUGUACGAAAACUUUGUUAAAGAUACAUUUCAUCCUAUUCAAUCUUGUAUUAAAGACUGUGCAUCAUAUGGCUACGAUGCUCAUUGUGGAUAUCUUCGAUAUUCAAAUUUUCUGGAUGAAAUAGAAAAGACUUUCAACAAUCAUUUUGCUGAUAUGAAAGAUAUAGAUGACAGACUAAUAAUGUUUGAAGCAGCGUUCAUUAAAUCAGCCAAUUUAUAUUUCAUUAAACAUUGUCCUCAUGCAGCUAAGGUUAGUGCAUCAUCUCCUUACCAAUUACAUGAUGAGCAAUUUGCUAAGAUAGUUAAAAUGUUUAGAACAGGGUUUCAAGGAUUUAGAAGCCCAUGGAUCCCUCCAGUUCACGUAUUUCAAUUUGACUUUAAGGCUGUUAAGAUGAGAGCUCUGAAGGAUUAUCAAUCUACAAAAGUUGGCGAAAUUUCCAUUCAGGAAGGAGAAAAAGUGGAAGCAAUUAAUACUUCAUUUGCAGAAUAUUAUAAAAUAAGAACAUCCAAUGGUAUGGAAGGCUUUGUUCCUGUAACAAUGCUUUGCCCAUAUAGUUAA